UUGAAUGCAGAGCAGAAGCCAUGGCUCAAGGAGGAAACAUCUGAUGGGAUCUCCUUUGCACCUGCCUGGCAGCUCAGAGCAGCCCUUCUGAACAGGCUGCUUCUUCAGCUACCUGAACUUCUGGUGGCAGGAGCCACCUUCGUAUUUGUCUUGUCAGGAUUUAGUCCCAGCAUUAUCAGGUUUGGAGGCUCGUUUUGCAGUGGCUGCACGCUGCCACCAUGGCACCGAGACUCCUGGGAAUGGGGCCCUUCUCCCUCCUCAGCCUUGGAGUCCUGCUCCUGCUCCUGGCUCUCCCUGCUGAUGCUGGGCUCUCUCAGAAGCAUGUCUCAGACGUGGUGGAUGACAGCAAGGACAACAUCACCAUUUUCACACGCAUCCUGGACCGGCUCCUGGACGGCUACGACAACCGCCUGCGGCCCGGCCUCGGAGACAGUGUAACUGAAGUCAAGACAGACAUUUACGUGACGAGUUUCGGCCCUGUCUCGGACACAGACAUGGAAUACACCAUUGACGUCUUUUUCCGGCAAUCCUGGAGAGAUGAAAGGCUGAAAUUUGAUGGUCCCAUGAAAAUCCUUCCCCUGAACAACCUGCUGGCCAGCAAGAUCUGGACUCCUGACACGUUCUUCCACAACGGGAAGAAAUCUGUUGCCCACAACAUGACCACCCCCAACAAGCUGCUGCGCCUGGUGGACAACGGCACCCUGCUGUACACCAUGAGGCUGACCAUCCACGCCGAGUGCCCCAUGCACCUGGAGGACUUCCCCAUGGACGUGCACGCCUGCCCCCUGAAAUUUGGGAGCUAUGCCUACACAAAGACAGAGGUGAUCUACACCUGGACCCUGGGGAAGGACAAAUCUGUGGAAGUAGCCAAAGGUGGAUCCCGCCUGAACCAGUAUGACCUGCUGGGCCACGUGGUUGGCACGGAGAUGGUUCGAUCCAGCACAGGGGAAUACGUCGUCAUGACCACGCACUUCCACCUCAAGAGGAAGAUUGGGUACUUUGUGAUCCAGACCUACCUGCCCUGCAUCAUGACUGUCAUCCUGUCCCAGGUCUCCUUCUGGCUCAACAGGGAGUCUGUCCCUGCCCGCACAGUUUUUGGUGUCACCACGGUGCUCACCAUGACCACACUAAGCAUCAGCGCCAGAAACUCCUUGCCCAAGGUGGCGUACGCGACGGCCAUGGACUGGUUCAUAGCCGUCUGUUACGCCUUCGUGUUUUCUGCGCUGAUCGAGUUCGCCACCGUCAACUACUUCACCAAGCGCAGCUGGGCCUGGGAUGGCAAGAAGGUGCUGGAGGCCCAGGAGAUGAAGAAAAAAGAGCCGGUGGCGCUGGCCAAGAAAACCAACAACACCUACAACAUCGUUGGCACCACCUACGCCCUGAACAUCUCCAAGGAGCCCGGCCUGCCCACCAUCUCCAAGAGUGCUGCUGCCACUGCCACUGCCACCAGCGUGCCCCCCAAGCUGCCCCGCCUGGAGGAGAAGCUCCCCGAGAGCAAGAAGACCUACAACAGCGUCAGCAAGGUAGACAAGAUGUCCCGCAUCGUCUUCCCAGUGCUCUUUGCCAUUUUCAACCUGGUCUACUGGGCCACCUAUGUGAACCGGGAGUCAGCUAUCAAGGGAAUGAUCCCCAAACAGUAAAACAGGUCACACAAACCUUCCAUCUGUCAGCAUCAUCCCAGCAGGAAUUCUCCAGGGCUUUCUUCUUUUCUUGUUUGGUUUAAUUAUUAUUGUUCAUUUGAUAUUAUGAUUAUGGUUAUUAUUAUUAUUAUUAUUAUGUCACUCUUUUAUAAUGUAAACGAAACUGUGAUUUUAAUUUAAUCCCAUAUAUACUUUGGUUUGGUUUACUUUGAUGAUGAAAGCUAAAAAAAAAAUAAUAAGGGAUCAUAA